AAGGGGCGGGGCGGGGCUCGGUGCGGCAUGGGGGGUCCGCGGCGGCUGCUGCUCAUCUCCAACUCCACCCUGCACGGAGGAGGGUACCUGGGCCACUGUCAGCAGCACAUCAAGAGCUUCCUCGGGGAGAAAGUGAAGCGGGUGCUGUUCGUUCCCUACGCCCUGCACGACCGAGAUGCCUACGCCCGGACCGCGAGGGAGAAGUUUGAAAGCUUGGGUUAUGGGCUGGACAGCAUUCAUGAAUCGUGUGAUCCAGUGGAAGCUGUAAGGAAAUCUGAAGCAAUAUUUAUCGGAGGUGGGAACACAUUCCGUCUCCUGAAAGCUCUCUACGACAACAGUCUGAUACAGGAGAUCAGGAAAAGAGUUCUUGAGGAUGGGAUUCCUUACAUGGGAUCCAGCGCAGGAACUAACGUUGCUACCAUCAGCAUCAAUACUACCAAUGACAUGCCAAUUGUUUAUCCACCUUCCCUGCAGGCCCUAGGUUUAGUUCCUUUUAACAUCAACCCCCACUACCUGGAUCCAGAUGUUAAGAGCACUCACAUGGGUGAGACAAGAGAGGAAAGAAUUCGUCAAUAUCAUGAAGAACCAAACACCCCUCCGGUUCUGGGCUUGCGGGAAGGUGCAAUGCUGCUAGUGGAAGGAGACAAAGCCACCUUGCAAGGAGUGACAGGAGCACGUCUGUUUUUGAGGGGUAAGAAACCAACUGAACAUGAGCCUGGAACAGAUUUCAGUUUCCUCCUGAUUGACAGUAAUCUCCAGAAUCUGUAGCAAAAGUCACUAUAUGGGAAGACAAUGAGGAGGAAGGAAAGAGAUGCUUCUAGUCCCAGGGUGGGUGGAGAACUUCAGCUUUAUAAAUAAAGCUAGCUUUUAUUUAUAAAGAUAAAUAUGCAUUAGUGGGCUCUUUUCCCCACCCUGAUCCAUGGCCCAGACAUAUCUUCUUCCCAGCAAAAAUACAAUUUUUGUUGUGCUAUUUGAGUAAUUGUAGCUGUUGUUAGUCUGAAAGGGUCUGUACAGUCACAUAUCCACUCUGACUCCUUCCCCAUCAAAAGAAAGUUGAUUUAACACCAUUAAGACAGGACACCGAGUCAGCUGUUCCUGCGGCCUAGCUUUAUCUCCUAAAUGAAACUGUUCAUUUAGUGUACUCCCACACUAUUUGUUUCAUUUUUGUGCUAGUAAUAAAGGGAGAAGUUAUGCAUUCAA